GCGGCCCCUCAAAGUUCAAGACACCAGCACCUAUAGGGUUCUCUGGAGCGUUUGGCAAGGCACAGUUUAAUGGAAGACAGACGGACAUGAAGCCAUCAUAUCAAUCUCAUUUGGAUACUCUUGUGGAUGUGGCUGGUUUGCACAUCUCGAAUCCCGGCAAGGAAAAGGAGGCAGUUGAGGAUGAAAAAGAAAUACACAAAGACGAUCCCGCCUCGCUAGGAGGCUCGCAAAUCAGUGCUCAACUCAUUGACUUGAGCGUACGACUCGGGAAAUGGGCUGAAGCUCUCGAGGUCCUAGGGGAAGAAAAUCCUUUCCGGGAUACAGGUACGUUUCAUGCCUAUCCCCUCGUAUCUACUGAUAUGGUCCAGGUGCGAAUGGUCCUCAUGUCGCAAAUCGAGAUGGAGGAAUCAAGGCAG